ACUAGUUUUGUAGUUAAUAUAAAAUAACAAUACAUACCUACAUUUUGAUUUUGUCAAGUGCGUUUUAGAUUACCUCAAAGAGUAUAAUAAUAUAUAGGGGAUUACCUAAACUUAUUAAAAUAUUGAUCACAUAUUGAUAAUAGCUGCCUACUGUAAUACGAUAUAGGCAUUAGUAGCUUUGGUGUGUAAUUGGUGUGGCUCUAUUCGUGAAAUCGAAAAAUUCUGGGAAUAUUUAAUUCAAGAAAAGUAAGGAAAUGUUUUCCAGUGUCCAAAUGCCUGCUGCUUAUCCGUUUAAUAAAAGUGACAAUGAAAUACUCCGGGAUCUUCUACUGAUGUUUAGUUCAAGUCAAGGGACGGCCAAAGAGCAAUGGAGUAUACUCACUGAGACACUGAUAAAUCAAGUAGGAUGGGAUGCAUUAUGGAAACUCUCUAAGGAGUUUUGUAAGAAAUUUGAUGAGAGAUACCCCUGUGUAGUGUUUGUAUCUGUAACCUCAGUUAACUCGGAAGAACUUAGUGCGAAUGUAGAAGUAUUAAGUGUACCACACAAAGAUGUGACUUUGCCGGAAUACGUUAUGGAUGUUCCCUUAAUAGAACUGUGGCCUACGCUCAAGCAGAAAGAUGAGUGUGUAAAUGCAGAGGAAAUAUCGGAAUUUAUUCAUCUCCAAAGAUAUUUUUUUGAAAAUCUCUGGAUGCCAUGGGAUGACCAGGAAAAAGAAUUUUCUCUGAACACCAUAGAAAAUCGAAUGCAACUACAUAUAGAACUAAAUAAUGGCACAAUACCAAAUUGUGUUGCACGCGAGAUAAUACAACUAAGAGAGAACGCUAUCAAUGUACAUGAAAAGAUUCAGGAGCUUGAUCCACUGUGCGACGAUGAUGACUCCAUGUCGCCCGGUGAGACCUUGCAAGAUGUGGAACUUAAUGCCCGAUUGGAAACGCUGAUGUCGAAAUGGACACUGUAUGAAAACCCUUUGAUAAGGGAGCAAUAUGUAGCGCGGGCGAUGCAAAAAUGGCAAAAUCACAAGACUAAGAAUAAUGCUGUAGCUUUAUGGAAGGGUGGUGACGUAAGUAGCUUUGAAGCAGUAUCCAGUUUCCUGAAGACACACGUCUCAAAUGAGUUUGCCCUGAAAUUCAUGGUCUCGUUUGAAGAUGCCCUAGCUCUAGAACCUGAUGAGGUGUUUGUGUGUUCUGAUAAUUAUGAAGUGCCGGAGAUGCCGCUGUCUCAAAUAUCUAUUCGUGGGCUUAGACAACGGCUCCAUAAUAACGGUGUGACUUUGAUUGCAACAGAUAUGCGCUCCUGUCUCCUGAGCUUAAGCAAAGAAUGUCAGAUUCAUGACAUGACGCUGCACUGCAAUUUAGUCACCACUGUUGUUGCGGUGAGAGCUGGGAGCCUUCAUCUCAAUAACUGUAAUCUGCUAGACGACUCUACAAAUAGUUUGGGACAUUGUACACAAGGCAUCGUAGCAUGCGCGGGCGCAAGAAUAGUUAUUGAAAAUUGCACUUUUGAAAACUUUUACUUGGGAAUAGUAGUCCAUCAAGGUGCACAGGUUCAAUUAAAGAAUUGUCACAUAAAGCGAUGCGGAGUUGGCAUUGAAAUGUAUUCCGGAUCUGAAGUGACCCUGCAAAACUCUACAAUAUUAGACUGCUCAGAGAAAAGUAUACGAUAUCAAGCUGAUGAUGUUAUUGGGGACACGAACGUGAUCGAAGGACUUCACGUGUCGAACACUUGUAAAAUUGGCAAUGGAGACCUGAAUAACGAAAUUGAAAUUAUCUCGUAGUAUUGUGUACAUAUUAUAUUCUUAAAUUUAAAUGGGUUUUACUGAGGGUAGAUAGAAAAUAAACUGGACUGUGAAAAGUAUAUAUUUUAACAGAGGAUAAAAAUCAUAAUAUUUAAUUUAAAUAUAAUGAUAUAUUUUGAAAAUAUAAUGUUAGCUCAGUUGUAAUCUCGUUUAAUCCAUACAAUAAACCUACUGCAUGUUUCUAUUUACCUGAGAGUUCUAUACACCCGCUUUUAUGAUAUACAUAUAUAUUAAAUUGUAAAGUGUAAUAAAUGCUAUUUUUUCUGUC